AGCAGAGAGAGAGAGAGAGAGAGAGAGAGAGAGAGAGAGAUGUUUUGAGCCCUGGACUGCAGUCUUGCUAGCUGAUUAGCUGUGUGUGAGUGUGAGUGAGCUGAGUGAUGUUCUAGUCAGUCAGCUGGUUAUCUUUAUCUCAGUCUUAUUGUCCUGAUGGGAAAAGGAAGCAGGAUGUAUUUCACACGUAAGAACUGCUGCGUCUCCUUCCUGCUGAUCUUCACCAUCUUCUCCAUGCUCAGCCUUACACUGACAGCUGACGAGGCACUAGAAGAUGCUGAGCUCCAGGAGACGGCUUCCUCUCAGGAGUCUAACGGGGAGGACGAGGUGGUCGUGACGGGACACACCGUCUCCCCUGAGGAAGUGGCCGAGAUGGAGGCAGAGCUCCGGAGCCAGGGACAAGGAGAGUACAGUGAACCCGAGGAGAUCCAGAAGGAAGAUCUUCCAAGUCAGCCUCCUCCUGCAGACGCUAAACCCAAAGAGGUUCCUGUGGUGAUCGGGGGAACAGCUGAUGGAGAACCCUGUCAGUUUCCCUUCCUGUUCCUGGGGAAGGAGUACUCGGACUGUACCACUGAGGGCAGGGGGGACGGCCGGCUCUGGUGCUCCACCACAUACAACUACCAGCAGGACAGGAAGUGGGGUUUCUGUGAAACGGAGGAGCAGGCGGAGCAGCGGAGGUUGGCGGAGGAGGCAGAGGAACAGUACCAACACACACUCAGACUCCUGAACAACACCAGCAGAAAGAGUCAGAAGAAAGAGUUGUAUGAGAAGCUGAUGAAGGUGGCAGAAAUGGGUCAUACCAAGGCCAUGGAGAAGGUUGGAUACGCCAUGCUGUUUGGAGAUUAUCUGCCUCAGGACGUCCAACAAGCCAGGGAGAUUUUUGAGAAGCUGGCGCUCGAGGGUUCGCCCAAAUCACAGACGGCUCUGGGGUUCAUCUACGCAGCUGGAUUAGGAGUAAACUCCAGCCAAGCAAAAGCAUUAGUGUACUACACAUUUGGAGCUCUGGGAGGAAACCUGGUGGCUCACAUGAUCCUGGGUUACAGGUACUGGGGAGGUGUAGGUGUUCCUCAGAGCUGCGAGUCCGCUCUCACUCACUACAGACUGGUGGCAAGUCACGUGGCAAGUGACGUGUCCCUGACUGGAGGCAGUGCAGUGCAGAGGAUCCGACUGCUAGACGAGUUGGAGAACCCCGGUUCCCCCAGUGGUAUGCUGGAGGAGGAUCUAAUCCAGUACUACCAGUUCCUGGCUGAAAAGGGAGAUGUCCAGGCUCAGGUGGGUUUGGGUCAGUUACAUUUACAUGGAGGUCGAGGAGUGGAGCAGAAUCAUCAGAGAGCGUAUGAGUACUUUAACCAGGCUGCUAAUGCUGGAAACACACAUGCAAUGGCCUUCCUCGGAAAGAUGUACUCAGAGGGCAGUGAGUAUUUACCACAAAACAACGAGACGGCACUGCAUUAUUUUAAGAAGGCUUCAGAGCAGGGGAACCCUGUGGGUCAGAGCGGACUCGGCAUGGCCUACCUGUAUGGCAGAGGUGUUCCUGUGAACUAUGAGCUGGCUCUCAAAUACUUCCAGAAGGCUGCAGAGCAGGGCUGGGUGGAUGGACAGCUGCAGCUGGGAACUAUGUACUACAAUGGUAUCGGAGUAAAGCGUGAUUAUAAACAAGCUCUGAAGUUCUUCAACCUGGCGUCUCAGGCAGGUCACAUCCUGGCCUUCUAUAACCUGGCUCAGAUGCACGCUACAGGAACCGGAGUGAUGCGCUCCUGUCACAUGGCUGUAGAGCUGUUCAAGAAUGUGUGUGAGCGCGGCCGGUGGUCGGAGAGGCUAAUGAACGCUUACGGCAGCUUUAAGGAAGGAGACAUGGACUCUGCUCUGGUUCAGUAUAUGCUCCUGGCUGAACAGGGCUACGAGGUGGCACAGAGUAACGUGGCCUUCAUCCUCGACCAGAAGCAGUCUCUGAUCUUCAGUGAUAAUGAAACCUAUCCUCGUGCGCUCCUUCACUGGACCCGAGCAGCUGCACAAGGUUACACAGUGGCUAGGAUUAAACUGGGUGAUUAUCAUUUCUAUGGUUACGGUACGGAUGUGGAUUACGAGACGGCGGUGAUUCACUACAGGUUGGCGUCCGAGCAGCAGCACAGCGCUCAGGCUAUGUUUAACCUCGGGUACAUGCACGAGAAGGGUCUCGGCAUUAAACAGGACAUCCACCUGGCUAAACGUUUCUAUGACAUGGCUGCAGAGGCGAGUCCUGACGCCCAGGUCCCUGUGUUCCUCGCCCUGUGCAAACUGGGACUCGUCUACACACUGCAGUACCUCCAGGAGCUGAACCUGAAGGAGCUUCUCUCUCAGGUGGAUCUGGACCAGCUGCUGGGUCCGGAGUGGGAUCUGUACCUCAUGACCGUGAUCGCUCUGCUCCUCGGUACCGUCAUCGCGUACAGACAGAGGCAGCACCAGCCCGUCCCACGAGCGCCGGCCGCCCCGCCCAGACCUGCCCCUCAGCCCGAACAGGCCGGCCCUGGCCCCGCCCCCGAACCCGACCGUGAUUAACAUUCUACAAGAAAUAGACGCUUUAGAGACCCUAGAGACUGGGACAAGGGCGGAGCCUGAGCCACUCUCUCCGCCCACACCAGUGUUAUCUAGUGGGACAGACCACUCCCAUGAUGCUCAGUGGCCGUGUCUCUUAUACACACACACACACACACACACACACACACACACUAUAUACAAACACAGCACAGACUUGGUUCUACAGCGUACGGCUCAGGGUGCAACAAACCGAGACUUCACUCACAGGGGUGUGUGUGUGUGUGUGUGUGUGUGUGUGUGUGUGUGUGUACAUACGCACUAUUUAAGGGUGAAGUACGGUACUUUUGGACACGGACCUGCUGUUUUCCCCCAUUACAUAAUUCUAAUAAAAGUUCCCUGUUCUGUU